AUGUGGCCAACGUUAUUAGUAGCUGCCAAGAUCCUUCUCUCUGUGCUGAUUUUUGUGGGAGUGCACCCAGCACUUGAUGACAUCCUGGAAGAGCAAAGAAGGCACAACACGGAAGGGGAGGGAGAAGUGUUGAUAUGCAGCUUUCGAGGAUCUGUCCCUCAAGGUUUGGUCCUAGAAAUAGGAGAAACAGUUCAGAUUCUUGAGAAAUGUGAAGGUUGGUACAGAGGUGUGUCAACAAAGAAGCCAAAUGUAAAGGGUAUCUUUCCUGCAAAUUACGUUCACUUGAAAAAGGCAAUUGUCAGUAACAGAGGGCAGUAUGAAACUGUGGUCCCACUAGAAGAUUGUAUUGUGACUGAGGUUACAGCAACCCUGCAAGAAUGGGCCAGUCUGUGGAAACAACUGUAUGUGAAACACAAAGUAGAUCUUUUCUACAAAUUACGCCAUGUGAUGAAUGAACUUAUUGACCUUCGAAGGCAGAUACUAUCGGGUCACCUGACUCAGGAUCAGGUUCGGGAAGUUAAACGUCAUAUCACCGUGCGCUUGGACUGGGGUAAUGAACAUUUGGGCCUGGACCUGGUGCCUCGAAAGGACUUUGAAGUAGUGGAUUCGGAUCAGAUUAGUGUCUCAGAUCUCUAUAAAAUGAAAUAUCACCAUAGAAAGCUUCUAAGUCCUUCUUCUGCCUUGCCACAUCACUUCUUCCUCAGCCUGAAAAGUUUUACCUACAAUACCAUUGGGGAAGAUACUGAUGUCUUCUUUUCCUUGUAUGAUAUGAGAGAAGGCAAGCAAAUAAGUGAGCGGUUUCUGGUGAGACUGAACAAGAAUGGUGGUCCAAGGAACCCAGAGAAGAUAGAACGAAUGUGUGCCCUUUUUACAGAUCUGAGCAGCAAAGAUAUGAAGAGAGAUUUAUAUAUAGUUGCCCAUGUGAUCCGAAUAGGGCGGAUGCUCCUGAAUGACUCAAAGAAGGGUCCUGCCCACUUGCACUACCGGCGACCAUAUGGCUGUGCAGUGCUUAGCAUCUUGGAUGUCCUACAGUCACUCACAGAAGUAAAGGAAGAAAAGGAUUUUGUUCUUAAGGUGUACACGUGCAACAAUGAAAGUGAAUGGUCCCAGAUCCACGAGAACAUCAUUCGAAAGUCCAGUGCCAAGUACUCUGCCCCCAGCGCCAGCCAUGGUCUUAUCAUUUCUCUGCAGCUCCUCCGUGGAGACAUGGAACAGAUUCGGAGAGAAAAUCCCAUGAUAUUUAAUAGGGGAUUGGCAAUUACAAGGAAAUUGGGAUUUCCCGAUGUCAUUAUGCCAGGUGAUAUCCGCAAUGACCUAUACUUGACCCUGGAGAAGGGAGAUUUCGAGAGGGGGGGAAAGAGUGUACAAAAGAAUAUUGAAGUCACCAUGUAUGUGCUUUACGCAGAUGGCGAAAUCUUAAAGGAUUGCAUCAGCUUGGGUUCUGGAGAGCCAAAUAGGAGUUCCUACCACUCUUUUGUCCUCUACCACAGUAAUAGUCCUCGCUGGGGAGAAAUUAUCAAAUUGCCCAUCCCCAUUGAUCGAUUCCGGGGCUCCCACCUGCGCUUUGAGUUCAGACACUGUUCCACAAAAGACAAAGGGGAAAAGAAACUCUUCGGUUUUGCAUUCUCUCCCCUGAUGCGGGAUGAUGGCACCACUCUAUCUGACGAUAUCCACGAGCUGUAUGUUUACAAGUGUGAUGAGAAUAGCACGUUUAACAACCAUGCUCUGUACCUGGGUCUGCCCUGCUGCAAAGAAGACUACAAUGGCUGCCCUAACAUACCUUCCAGCCUCAUCUUCCAGCGCAGCACCAAAGAGUCUUUCUCCAUUUCCACACAGCUCUCUUCUACCAAGCUCACACAGAAUGUGGAUCUACUUGCUCUGCUGAAAUGGAAGGCCUUCCCAGACCGAAUUAUGGAUAUCCUAGGGCGACUGCGGCAUGUUAGUGGGGAGGAAAUUGUUAAGUUUCUGCAGGACAUCUUAGAUACACUCUUUGUGAUUUUGGAUGAUAAUACAGAGAAAUAUGGCCUGCUGGUUUUUCAGUCUCUGGUAUUCAUCAUCAACCUGCUCCGAGACAUCAAGUAUUUCCACUUUCGGCCCGUAAUGGACACAUACAUCCAGAAGCAUUUUGCUGGUGCGCUAGCAUACAAGGAACUCAUCCGCUGUUUGAAGUGGUACAUGGACUGUUCAGCAGAGCUGAUUCGACAGGACCACAUUCAGGAAGCCAUGCGGGCCUUGGAAUACCUUUUCAAGUUCAUCGUGCAGUCGCGGAUCCUGUACUCACGAGCUACUUGUGGGAUGGAGGAGGAACAGUUCCGGUCCAGCAUCCAAGAACUUUUCCAGUCCAUCCGGUUUGUGCUCAGUCUGGACAGCAGAAACUCAGAAACACUCCUUUUCACUCAGGCUGCACUCCUCAAUUCCUUCCCAACCAUUUUUGAUGAGCUGCUGCAAAUGUUCACCGUGCAGGAGGUAGCUGAGUUUGUGAGAGGGACACUGGGGAGCAUGCCCAGCACUGUGCACAUCGGGCAGUCGAUGGAUGUGGUAAAGCUGCAGUCCAUUGCCAGGACUGUAGAUAGUCGCCUAUUUUCUUUCUCAGAAUCCCGCCGCAUCCUGCUUCCUGUGGUUCUCCAUCACAUUCACCUUCACCUGAGACAGCAGAAAGAGCUGUUAAUCUGCUCAGGGAUUCUAGGCAGCAUCUUCUCCAUCAUCAAGACCAGCUCUCUGGAGACAGAUGUCAUGGAAGAGGUGGAAAUGAUGGUGGAGAGCCUCCUAGACGUGCUCUUGCAGACUCUGCUCACCAUCAUGAGCAAAUCGCACGCUCAGGAGGCGGUAAGAGGGCAGCGAUGCCCGCAGUGCACAGCUGAGAUCACUGGCGAGUAUGUGUCCUGCCUUCUCUCGCUGCUCCGCCAGAUGUGUGACACCCAUUAUCAGCACCUCCUGGACAACUUCCAGAGCAAAGAUGAACUUAAGGAGUUCUUGCUGAAGAUUUUCUGUGUGUUCCGGAACCUGAUGAAGAUGAGUGUCUUCCCUCGGGAUUGGAUGGUGCUGCGGCUGCUCACAAGCAAUAUUAUAGUCACUACUGUCCAGUACCUGUCCUCAGCACUGCACAAGAAUUUUACAGAGACAGACUUUGACUUUAAGGUGUGGAAUUCUUAUUUUAGCUUGGCAGUUCUGUUCAUAAAUCAGCCAAGCCUCCAGCUAGAGAUUGUCACUUCAGCCAAGAGGAAGAAGAUCCUAGAUAAGUAUGGGGACAUGCGUGUGAUGAUGGCUUAUGAACUGUUCAGCAUGUGGCAGAAUUUGGGUGAACAUAAGAUCCACUUUAUUCCGGGAAUGAUUGGUCCUUUCUUGGGUGUGACACUGGUCCCACAGCCAGAAGUACGGAAUAUCAUGAUUCCCAUCUUUCACGACAUGAUGGACUGGGAGCAGAGAAAAAAUGGCAACUUCAAACAGGUGGAGGCCGAGCUGAUUGACAAACUGGACAGCAUGGUUUCAGAAGGGAAAGGUGAUGAGAGCUACAGGGAGCUCUUCGGCCUGCUCCUGCUGGAAAAGGUUGAACAGGAAACAUGGCGCGAGACCGGCAUUUCCUUUGUGACCUCAGUUACCCGCCUCAUGGAACGCCUUCUUGACUACAGGGACUGCAUGAAAGGAGAGGAAACAGAGAAUAAGAAGAUCGGCUGUACUGUUAACCUGAUGAACUUUUACAAAUCUGAAAUUAACAAAGAAGAGAUGUAUAUCCGCUAUAUCCAUAAACUUUGUGACAUGCACUUGCAGGCUGAAAACUAUACAGAGGCUGCGUUUACUCUGCUCCUGUACUGUGAGCUACUACAGUGGGAGGAUCGGCCACUACGGGAAUUCCUCCACUACCCCUCCCAGACAGAGUGGCAGCGGAAAGAGGGACUGUGUCGGAAGAUCAUCCACUACUUCAACAAAGGCAAGAGCUGGGAAUUUGGGAUUCCACUGUGCAGGGAGCUGGCAUGUCAAUACGAGAGCCUCUAUGAUUAUCAGAGCCUCAGCUGGAUCCGGAAAAUGGAAGCCAGCUACUAUGACAACAUCAUGGAGCAGCAGCGCCUAGAGCCUGAGUUCUUUCGGGUUGGCUUCUAUGGCAGAAAGUUUCCCUUCUUCCUUCGGAACAAAGAAUAUGUGUGCCGAGGCCAUGACUACGAGCGCUUGGAGGCCUUCCAGCAGAGGAUGCUCAGUGAGUUCCCACAGGCCGUCGCCAUGCAGCACCCCAACCACCCUGAUGACGCCAUUCUUCAGUGCGAUGCCCAGUACUUACAGAUCUAUGCAGUGACACCCAUUCCAGAUUAUGUGGAUGUCCUGCAGAUGGACAGGGUCCCUGAUCGUGUCAAAAGUUUCUACCGUGUCAACAAUGUGAGGAAAUUCCGUUACGACAGGCCUUUUCACAAAGGCCCAAAAGACAAGGAGAAUGAAUUCAAGAGCUUAUGGAUCGAGCGCACUACACUGACCCUGACCCACAGCUUACCUGGCAUCUCUCGGUGGUUCGAAGUAGAGAGGAGGGAACUGGUGGAAGUGAGCCCUUUGGAGAAUGCUAUCCAAGUAGUUGAGAAUAAGAACCAGGAGCUGCGUGCCUUGAUUAGCCAGUAUCAGCAUAAGCAGGUGCACAGCAACAUCAACCUGCUCAGCAUGUGCCUGAAUGGUGUCAUUGAUGCUGCUGUCAAUGGGGGCAUCGCACGCUACCAAGAGGCCUUCUUUGAUAAAGAUUACAUUACCAAGCACCCUGGGGAUGCUGAGAAGAUCACCCAGCUCAAGGAACUCAUGCAGGAACAGGUCCAUGUCCUUGGCGUCGGGCUGGCAGUACAUGAAAAGUUUGUGCAUCCAGAAAUGCGCCCUCUGCAUAAGAAACUGAUUGAUCAGUUCCAGAUGAUGCGGGCCAGCCUCUACCAUGAAUUUCCAAGUUUGGACAAGCUAAGUCCUGCCUGCUCAGGCACCAGCACGCCACGGGGAAAUGUUCUGGCAUCCCAUAGUCCCAUGAGCCCUGAGAGCAUCAAGAUGACCCACCGGCACAGCCCCAUGAACUUGAUGGGCACAGGCCGCCAUUCUUCAUCUUCUCUCUCCUCACAUGCAUCGAGUGAAGCGGGAAACAUGGUGAUGCUGGGUGACAACGCCAUGGGCGAGGCACCCGAGGACCUGUACCACCACAUGCAGCUCACGUAUCCCAACCCUAGGUACCAGGGCUCAGUCACCAACGUAUCUGUUCUGUCCUCAUCCCAGGCAAGCCCUUCUUCCUCCAGCCUGAGUUCCACUCACUCAGCACCAUCCCAGAUGAUUACCUCGGCCCCUUCCAGUGCCCGAGGCUCUCCCUCUCUGCCAGAUAAGUACCGCCACGCCCGAGAAAUGAUGUUGCUGCUGCCCACACACCGGGAUCGCCCAAGCAGUGCCAUGUACCCAGCUGCCAUCCUGGAGAACGGACAGCUGCCAAAUUUCCAACGGGCACUGUUCCAGCAAGUGGUCGGAGCCUGUAAACCCUGCAGUGAUCCCAAUCUUUCUGUGGCCGAAAAAGUGGUGCCAGCAGCCCCCAGCAGCUGGAGCCUGGAUAGCGGAGCCAGAGAGGCCCAGCCCUUCCUGUCUGCCCAUGUGGGGCGCAUCCUGGCCCCCCCAGUGCCUCCCCGAAGCCUGACACAUGGUCAUUACCUACAUUUUGACGCCUUCCACCACCCCCUGGGUGACACACCCCCUGCCCUCCCUGCCCGGACUCUGCGUAAGUCUCCUCUCCACCCUAUCCCGGCCUCCCCCACAAGCCCUCAAUCGGGCCUUGACGGCAGCAACUCUACACUGUCCGGCAGUGCCAGCAGCGGCGUGUCCUCCCUAAGUGAGAGUAACUUUGGGCAUUCCUCAGAGGCCCCACCUCGCACUGACACCAUGGACUCCAUGCCGAGCCAGGCGUGGAAUGCCGAUGACGAUCUUGAGCCGCCCUACCUCCCCGUCCACUAUAGCCUCUCUGAAUCUACAGUCCUGGACUCCAUCAAGACCCAGCCAUGCCGAAGCCACUCAGCCCCGGGGUGUGUCAUCCCACAGGACCCCAUAGACCCACCUGCACUGCCGCCCAAGCCCUACCACCCCCGCCUGCCGGCCCUGGAGCAGGAAGAGAGUGUGAUGCUGCGUGAAGAAGCUGAAAGGCCUCGUGGCCUGCACCGCAAAGCCUCACUGCCUCCUGGGAGCACCAAGGAGGAGCAGGCACGCAUGGCUUGGGAACACGGCCGAGGAGAACAGUGA